CGCAUGGGGACCAUUGGUUUCUAAUGUAGCUUUCUCUCUCUCGGAAAAAACCGAACACAACUAGAGACGAGUGGGAGGUUCCUGGUUAGUGAGGACAGAGGAACCAGAAUCCAGAAAAAUUUAUAAUCCAUUUUUGUAUUGAUAUUUUAAAAAAGGAAUAAAAGAUUUACUUUGCAAAUCUUUCAAUUUUCGUUCUCUUCCUCUCAGGUGUCUGUGCGGCACGAAGAUUUUGGUGCCCAAUUGCGCAGAGAGAUCAGGUUUUCUUGCUUUUAAUUUGAUCUCUGAAGCUGUAAAUUUUGGUUCUUUAGACGGGUUCUUGAUUGUAUUGGGGAUUUCUUGAACUGGGUUUGAAUCAGAAUCCAUUCUUGUUGCUGGGGUUUUAGAUUUUAUUGGGGAGUUUUGGUUUGUCGAAGUCCUCCAAUUCUGUAUCUUCUUCUGCAACAAAGUAAAGAUUGGUUUGCAAUUCUUGAGCUGCCGGUGUAUCGGGCCUUUGUAAGCUGUUUUAUCUAUGAUUUCUUUUGAUUUUCUACCAAUAAAUCAAGUGACAGUCUCAAAGUUUUCACUUUGAAUUCUCUUGUCCUAAUUGGCUUUGGGAUAAAAUUGCUUCUAGCUUUUUGCAGAGUUUGAUUUUUGCUUCUAGUUAUUAUUGAUUAUUUGAUAAAGAAACCUUGAAUUGCAAUGGCUAACCCACCUCAACCUUCCCUUGGGUACUCUGUUACUGCUAGUCCCUCAAACCCAUCAACCCCUCAACCAGAGAAAAAUUCUGUUCCUCCUACAAUGUUACCUGGAGCUUCCCGAUUUCCUCCUCCUAAAUUGCACCAAGAUCAGAUCCCUUCCCCUUCAUUCCAGAACCCGAAGUUGUUAUCACCUGCUAAUGGGUUUAAAACUGGGAGCCCGGUUCCUCAUUUAAGCACCCCUCCUGGUCCUCCUGUUUUUACGUCACCAGUCCGUCCUGCUGCUGUGCCUUUUCGGACUUCGCCUGCAACUCCUCAACCAGUUGCUUUCUCAUCAGGCUCAACAUUACCAACAUCCUCGCCUCCCCAUUUUUCAAAUGGUUCCAUUGAGUCGCAGCAUCAAGUUCCCCUUGCUACAAAUGACUCCACACCUUUUGAGGAAUCAUCGUGUGCUUUGUUCUCUGCUCGCAAGGUGUUGAAGCAGAAAAAACUAGCAAAUGUACCGAGUUUGGGCUUUGGGGCAUUGUUUUCUCCUGGGGGAGAGAUUUCUCCUGGUCCUCAAAUAAUACAGCGUGAUCCUCACCGCUGCCGCAGUUGUGGAGCUUAUGCAAAUCUUUAUUGCAAGAUUUUACUCGGUUCAGGCCAGUGGCAAUGUGUAAUUUGCCAGAAACUGAAUGGAAGUGAAGGUGAAUAUGUAGCUCCAAGCAAAGAAGACCUUCGCAACUUGCCAGAACUUUCAUCACCCAUCGUUGAUUAUGUUCAAACUGGGAACAAGAGACCUGGUUUUAUUCCAGUUUCUGAUUCCAGAAUGUCUGCACCCACUGUUCUUGUUAUAGAUGAGUGUUUAGAUGAAACCCACCUGCAGCAUUUACAAAGCUCUUUGCAUGCAUUUGUGGAUUCACUCCCCCCUACAGCAAGAAUUGGAAUAAUACUAUAUGGCCGUACAGUAUCAGUUUAUGAUUUUUCAGAGGAAUCAAUGGCAUCUGCUGAUGUACUUCCUGGUGACAAAUCACCUACUCGAGAGUCCUUGAAAGCAUUGAUUUAUGGAACUGGGGUGUACUUGUCACCGAUGCAUGCUUCAAAGGAAGUGGCACACAAAAUAUUCUCAUCUUUGAGACCAUUUGGAUUGAACAUUGCAGAAGCUUCAAGAGACCGGUGCCUGGGUACUGCAGUUGAGGUUGCUCUGGCUAUAAUUCAAGGACCAUCAGCAGAAAUGUCUCGAGGCAUAAUUAAAAGGGCUGGGGGUAAUAGCAGGAUUAUCGUGUGUGCUGGGGGACCAAAUACAUAUGGCCCUGGAUCAGUCCCGCAUUCUUUUAGCCAUCCAAAUUAUCCUCAUAUGGAAAAAACAGCAUUGAAAUGGAUGGAGAAUCUGGGUCGUGAAGCGCAUAGACAUAAUACAGUAGUUGACAUUCUAUGUGCUGGAACUUGCCCUGUUAGAAUUCCAGUCCUGCAGCCUCUUGCAAAAGCUUCUGGAGGUGUUUUGGUUCUUCAUGAUGACUUUGGAGAGGCCUUUGGUGUGAAUUUGCAAAGGGCAGCUUCUAGGGCAUCACGUUUCCAUGGCUUGUUGGAGAUUCGAUGUUCCGAUGAUAUUCUAAUUACUCAAGUUGUGGGUCCUGGUGAAGAGGCACAUGUAGACUCACAUGAAACUUUUAAGAACGACAAUGCUCUCUGCAUUCAAAUGCUAAGUGUUGAAGAAACACAGAGCUUUGCACUUUCUAUGGAAACUAAAGAAGACAUCAUAAGCGAUUGUGUGUUUUUCCAGUUUGCUGUUCAAUACACUAAUGUUUAUCAAGCUGAUAUUUCAAGAGUGGUUACUGUCAGGUUGCCAACUGUGGAUAGUGUUUCAGCAUAUCUUGAAAGUGUUCAGGAUGAAGUGGCUGCAAUCCUCAUGGCCAAGAGAACCCUCUUGCGAGCCAAAAACCAUUCAGAUGCCAUGGAUAUGCGAGGAACAAUAGAUGAGAGAAUUAAAGACAUUGCUUUGAAAUUUGGGUCCCUAGUUCCCAAGUCAAAGCUUCAUCAAUUUCCUAAAGAACUUUCUGCAUUAUCAGAGCUCCUUUUCCAUCUUAGAAGGGGCCCUCUUUUGGGAAGCAUUGUUGGUCAUGAAGAUGAGAGGUCUGUGUUGCGGAAUUUGUUUUUGAAUGCAUCUUCUGAUCUUUCACUUCGUAUGGUAGCACCUCGUUGUCUAAUGCACCGAGAAGGGGGCACUUUUGAAGAACUACCAGCUUAUGACCUUGCGAUGCAGUCUGAUACAGCUGUUGUUCUUGACCAUGGUACAGAUGUCUUCAUUUGGUUGGGUGCUGAGCUAGCUGCUGAUGAAGGAAGAAGUGCAGCUGCUUUAGCAGCUUGCAGAACAUUAGCUGAAGAAAUCACUGAAUUGCGGUUUCCAGCUCCUAGGAUCCUUGCAUUCAAGGAGGGGAGCUCUCAAGCUAGAUAUUUUGUUUCUCGGCUGAUUCCUGCACACAAGGAUCCACCAUAUGAACAGGAGGCAAGAUUCCCGCAGCUUAGAUCUCUGACAAUAGAACAACGGAUGAAGCUAAAAUCCAGCUUUAUUCACUUUGAUGAUCCGAGUUUCUGUGAGUGGAUGCGUAGUUUGAAAGUGGUUCCCCCAUAACCAAGUUAAUCUGUAAUUUUACAUAAUUUAAUGGCUAAUGUACCCCCAGAAAAAGGGUUUCUUGGGAACUGCAUCCUGCUUUGCCCCCCUGAUGGUGUCGGUAGGUAUCAUUUCAUCUUUAAAUUUUUCACUAAGAAAACAUCCAUACUUGACUGUCACUCGAAGAAGUUUGAAACUGUUCCAUCC